AUGAAACUUCUCCCCAUCCUCCUGAUCACCAUUAUAGCCGUCACAGCAAAUCCCCAAUCCUGGGACGACGACCAACGCCCUCCAUGCGACCAUGGGGCUGCAGGCGAUGGCAGUUGCGAAAAGGACGGGCUCCACACAUACUGCUGCUCCUACGAUAGUGCUUACAGACACCUCUUCCCGGUGAACAGGCCGCUUGUAAGGCUUGCGCGGGGCCCGAGCGGAGAUUACAGUAGGUGUGGACCUGAGGGGGUUUGGAAUUUGUUCUGUGCUGAGAUGUACCUAUCCGAGCGGCCGCUAUCACUGCGUUAA